AUGCCGCGCAUUUAUAAACCUGAACCUGGAGGCAAGCGCUAUAAAAGGUAUGACGAAAAUGUUCUUAAGCAAGCGGUAGAAGAUUAUUUAAUGGGUAAUGAUUCGAUAAAAACAGUAGUUAUCAAACACAAUAUACACCCAUCAGUGUUGUAUCGCCACAGCAAAGGACUAGUAAAAUCGCAAGGUGGGCAAAGGGCACUUUCGUUGACAACUGAAGAAUAUAUCAUCAAAUACAUAAACGUUUGCGCAGAAUGGGGCUAUCCACUGGACUCACUAGACUUAAGAUAUAUUGUUAAAAUGUAUCUGGAUAAGAUUGGGAUUACUCAUAAGCGAUUCAAAAAUAAUUUCCCUGGGCCUGAUUUCAUCCAAUGUUUUUUAAAUAGACAUAAAGAUAAAAUUUCUCAACGAAUAUGCCAAAAUAUUAAGAGAUCUCGAGCUGCCGUGUCAGCAGAAAUCAUAACAAAAUAUUUUGAAGAACUACAAAUAUCUUUGGCCGAUGUUCCAGCGGCAAAUAUCGUCAAUUAUGACGAGACAAAUCUCGCUGACGAUCCAGGGCGCAGAAAAAUUAUUACGAAACGCGGCACUAAGUAUCGAGAACGCGUCAUGAACCACACAAAGGCCAGUGUUUCCUUAAUGAUAGCUGGGUCAGCAGAGGGCCAGAUUUUACCACCAUACGUGGUAUACAAAGCACAAAAUUUAUAUAAUACAUGGAUUUCUCACGGGCCUAAAGGUGCAAGGUAUAAUCGUUCGGCAUCAGGAUGGUUCGAUGGUACAAUUUUUGAAGAUUGGGUGCAAUCCAUCGUCAUUCCCUUCUUUGCUGAUAAGCCGGGAAAAAAGCUGCUAAUAGGUGAUAAUUUAUCUUCACAUUUGUCGGUCGAUAUGAUAAAACUUUGCAAAGAACAGCAAAUUGAUUUUGUAUUUUUACCAAGUAAUUCAACACACAUAACUCAACCUCUCGAUGUAGCCUUUUUUAGGCCCAUGAAGGCAGUUUGGCGGCAAAUACUUCUUAAGUGGAAAAAAACAGAUGGCAGCAAUGAGACAAGUGUGCCAAAAGGUUGCUUCCCUAAAUUACUGAAGAAAUUAAUGGAGGCAAUACAAGAAAAUGCUGAGUCUAAUUUAAAAGCUGGUUUUAAAAAAACUGGUAUCUAUCCUUUAGACCCUACACAAGUGCUAUCUCGAAUACCAACACAAUCGAACAAUAGCAGUAGACAUAGGGAAGCAGUGGAUGAGUCUGUACUAACUUUACUAAAUGACAUGCGAUAUGGUACUAUGGGCGUAAAAGAAUUAAAAAGAAAGUGA